UGAUUCACAAUUAUACUGUGCAUAGAAGCGUGCCCACGUCGACAAUGACAUUGCUUGUGAUAUUGCCAUUGGCUUUCCGCUUUCACUUUUUCAUUCAUCAAAUCCCAUUGUCGAGCAGCGACUCACUCACCAUUGUUCUCAAAUAUCGAGCUUCGUCAUUCUCACUUCGGCUUUGCCUUCUGAUCAUCACAAACUUCCGGCUCUUACUCCCAGACCAUCUUACCAACAACAUACAUCGCUGAACAUAUUCAUCUCAAAUUCGCGCGGCAGAUUUCCAACUCAGUCCAACAUCCACCAUCUACUUCACAGACAGAUCAUGCGUUUCAAGAGGCUCCUCAAAGCACUCGGAUUGUGGUAUGAAAAUGUCGCCGAACACAAGCACAAGUGCCAGAUCCACAACCCGUACCAUACCUGGAGCUUCUCGGACCUGUCAAGAUCUAUCAAGGAGCGUGGAAUCAAGCUGCCUCAAAAUCGCAACAAGAGACGCGGCAAGAAAUGCAAGAAGAAGCGCACACCUAAAUCUCUUCGCAAGGCACUUGUGAAGGCCGACAAGUCCUGCAACUUCCGUCUUAUGGACUUACCCACUGAGCUCCGUCAACUCGUCUAUGAAAUGGCUAUCCCCAAUUCCAUCAGCCAGUCGGAGUAUGAGAUUGGAGCAAAAGUCGAAAAGAUGCCAGCCCUCCUCCACACUUCCAGUCAGGUCCGCAGAGAAGCUUCCCCCAUCUUCUACCGCAACAACUACAUUAAACUGCGUUUGAUGUCACCAUGCGAAUCUCGCCCGAUUUAUAAGUGUCGUGACAGAUUUGAACACAUAAUGGGUCGCAAUCCUAGCAUUUGGCUACCGAACAUCGAUUCCUUCCAAGUCGAGAGCCUUAGAUUUGUCUCCUUCAAAUUCUUCUGGGACUGCACCAAGCGCCGAAUCAACAUGGACCUCAGAUCUAACGAUGCCAGCCAUUGGACUGUACUCGUCUGCUUCUUCAAGUUAUGCACGCACUCUCACGAACAGCUCACCCUCGGACAGUGGAAGAAGAGAUUUGAGUCUGAAGGAAAAAGCGACAUGGCGCAGCGUGUACUCGAGCUUAUCAUUGAGGGAAAUGAUAUGAUUCGCGGGUUCAAGGAGAUUUGUGCAUGGGAAACUCGCAGGCAACUGACCAUCCCCGCUCUUCAGACCCUCUCGAUGAACAUGGCAGUUUUCCUCAGUAAGGUGCCAUGUUUCGAUGGCGGUCGUUGGUAGAGACCAUCCAAAGAGGAUGCCGCUAAGCAUAACUCACAACUUGCGCAUGCACAUGGCCGUGAGCAACAGAUGAAAACAAUCGAUAAGAUAUGGACACGAAGUGGGAAUUUGGGUUUAGGGUGGGACGGGCUGAGCGUUGAUUUAGUCAAUUGCUCAUGGAAAAUAUCCAAGUUAUACAUUUCGAACCGAUGAAAAUUGAAUGUCAUGG